AUGGAGAUAAAAGACCCCGCCCCUCAGCCCUUGAUGACAUCACUCAGCCCAGCGCUGGCCCUCGGUGUCCGGUCCCAGGUGCAGCUGGUGGAGUCCGGAGGGGAUGUGAAAAAGCCCGGAGACUCUCUCCGCCUCUCCUGCAAAGCCUCCGGGUUCACCUUCAGCAGCUACUACAUGCACUGGGUCCGACAGGCUCCCGGGAAGGGGCUGGAGUGGGUGGCGUGGAUCAGUUCCCAAAGUGGAAGUGAACAGUUGUAUUCCCCGGCUGUGAAAGGCCGAUUCACCAUCUCCAGAGAGAACCCUAACAACCUGCUGUAUCUGCAACUGACCGGCCUGAAGCCCGAGGACACCGCCCGGUAUCACUGUGCGGGGGAAGCACAAUUAAGUCAGCUACUUCCUGUCCUAGUGCAGUGGUCGUGGAGAGCAAUUGGUGCCCGCUCGCAGGGGGCUCUGACCCAGUCGGGGACAGCGGUGAAGAAGCCCGGAGAGUCCCAUACGGUGAAAUGCGCAGUCAGCGGUUUUAACGUUAUGGGCUAUAACAUGUUCUGGAUCCGGCAGGCUCCUGGGAAAGGGAUGGAGUGGAUAAUUCAUUAUUAUUCACCGUCCAGCAACAACUACGCCCCGGCAAUCCAGGAGCGAUUCACGGCCUCCAAGGACAGCUCCAAUUUCUACCUGCACAUGAGCAGCCUGAAACCCGAGGACACCGCGGUGUAUUACUGUGCGAGAGACACACAGCGAGGGGAAACCUAUGAUGCUUCAUAUAAAAACCCAGCGAUCUGA